GGAAUGCCGAGAACGUGUGCGGACUGGAGCGUGUGAUUCUUGCGUUGCGAAAACUUCCUCCGCCACCGCCAAUUGUUCUGGCGUUUUCGCAACCGCCGGAUGUUGCAUUCGCCACCGUUCCAACCCUCCUGGAGGGAAGGAGAGUGAAUCUGGGGAAGAGAAAUCGUGAGAUUCGGCAGGGCUCGACAGCACGGCAGCUGUAGUUCCGGAGCGCGCCAUGUGGCGGCGCCGCUAGCGCGCCCCUUGCCCCUAUGGCCCACGCAGCGACGGGAGCCACCAGUCUGUCUUCGACCGUCGCGGGAGGCGGAGCUACUACUGUGCGCCGGGUGAAGCACGGAGACAGGCUCAGGAGGCACCACCAGCACCUGGCGCAGGCCUGCCAACCGCCGCCGCACCUCUACCACCUCGCCAUGGCGCCCAAUGCAGCGGAGGUGGAAGCCGCCGGCUAUGGGCAGCCGUACAAGCCGGUACCGCCCCCGAAGCCGCUGCCCGCAGCCGCCUCCGGUGCCGCCUCCGGCGCCGCCUCUCCGCCGCCGCCGUACCGCAUGCCGCCCUACCCUCUGUACGGCGACGCGCAGACGGUGCCCAUCCCGGGCUCUGCCGCCGCGGCCUCAGACCUGCAGCCCGGCGUCGCCCUGCACACGCACUCCAGCAAGUUCCCGAUUGAGCGUGAAGUUAUCCUGAGCAGUGCAGAUAAGAACUCAAAGAUUCCAAUCCUGCACGAGUACAAAAAGAGGACAAAACCAGCAACAAUUGCACCAGAGGGGCCCAACAAGCAGAUAGCCUGGACAGAGGACAAGAGGCAGCACCUUCAGCAGCACCAUACUAUGCAUGGGCCAGUAAAUGGUUCUGACGACACACUUGUUCUGACUACGAGAACUCUGCACAGUUUGAACCUCGGGGAUAAAAGCAUGGCCCUGGAGGACAUGUCUCACCAGAUGUACAAGGCGCAGCCUCUGCAGGUACCGAAUGAAGCCAGCCGAGGGAAGGAUUACAGGAGUCAGUUUCACAACCCUUACCUCUACAAUGGACACCACGCAAACGCCGCAUCAACCGGUGCGGUGCCUCGGGCGUGGGGCUCCUCGGCACAGGGUCGCCCGCCGGUGCCGAACCAGGGACCGCCGGGAGGGCAGCACCAGCACCAGCACCACCAGCAGCAGCUCAGUGCGGCACCACAGCAGCACCACCAGGACUCCGGCAGCAGCGGCACCGCCAGUGCAGGCGCAGUCAGGAGGGACCACUCGGGGGAACGAGCGAGACAGGCUCAGCAGCAGCAGCAGGGCAGCGAGUCGGAGCUGGUUGAAGAACAAAAUUGUGGAACAGAAAAUAAUAUGAAGGACAAGGACGGGAAAGACUGCGGUGACAAGGUUGCCGGGAAGACAUUUUCAACACGAACGUACCACACCAUCAAGGACAUGAUCUCGAGCCGUUUCGGCAGUGGGAAACUUCCCAAGGAUGUGAAUUCUUCUGGUGCUGAUGUUGAGCAGGGAAAAUCUUCGCAGGAAGGACUCAACAACAAUGCUGUGGUGAACGGCGACGUGGGCAGUGAGAAGUCGAGUCCACGCAAAGUCCGGCCUCAGCCACUGACCGGCAGGGAAGACGCAGAGGACGAGCAGCGGCAGCAGAGGCUGCUGGGAGGAGGGCCGUCCGUAUCGGUGCCCCAAGGUGCCUCCGCGCAGCCCACAUCACGCAGUUAUGCGGCGAGCGGCAGUGAACCUGCGGGAGCUGCGAGCUACCAGUACCAGCAACACGCAUCUGAAAACACAGUUCCCUCCACCUCUGGCUAUUACCACCACCAGACACCUGCCGGGCCGAGGUCCCACCAGCAACAGCAGCGGCAGAAGGCACUGUCCCCGAUGUCUCAACAGCAGGCGAACUACGCGAGCCAGCUGGAGCAAGCGGGGGUGUACAUGGUGAUGCGACAGACCGGAGCCUCCACUUCUGUGGCUGCAUCCUCUGGCCAGUACCUUCAGGCACAGCAGCAGUACCACAUGGCAGGGCAGCAGGAACGAGCCGACUCAGGCAAUGCAUAUGCAACAGCGAACCUGUCAGGGGCUCCCGGCCUGCCGGCACAGAAACAGCCUGCGCUGCCGCCCCCGCAGGCCCGAGAGGGCAGGAGGGGUUCGCAGUCACGACUCGACCUCCCGGACGACGAGGAUGAUGACGAUGACGAGGGCGGCUUCGCGCCACCCGGGGUGUCGGCCCCGCCGCCUCCCCCACCCUCGACAGAACCUCCGAGGACGGCGUCCUCCGGGCAGAGCUCGGACUAUGAGAAGGCGACGCAGCGCAGCACGGGGCAGUCCAGCUCGACGGCUGGCGACUCCGGUAGGGGGAGCACCGUCUACUCGAGUGGCCGGCAGCCCUCUGUGGGUGGCAGCAGUGGGGGUGGUGGCAGUGUAGGUGGAGCGGGCCUGCCGACCCAGAAGGACCGGCUGGACACCAGCACCGAGUCGUCGGGGUCCCCCCGGGUCGGCUAUGGCCUGCACCACCAACAGGCUGGAGCUGGAGCCGAGCCAGAGUGGGUGGACGUGGUGGAGAACGAGCUCCGCCAGAUCCUGGACCCCAAGCUGCACGGCCUCGGGGCGGGGUCAGCCGUCGGCGGGGGUGGCGGUGCCAACUCUACCCUCAGUGAGAGCAUCUCGUCCCUCACGCCACCGCUGCCCCCACUGUCACCUGGGGGUAGUCCGACGCCAGUGCCCAGGAGCUACAAGCAUGCAAACAGCCUGCCGUAUGGCAGCAAGCUCGGGGACUACGACGGCGGCAGCCGCAAAGGUCUGGCUCCUUCGCACCAGCAGAGUGCAUCCGGCAAACCGAGGGGUGGACGCCUCCCGGGAGGUGGCAGCGGCGGAACUGGAAAGCCGGGAAGUGCCACUCUGGCAUUCGACAAGCACCACAGGUCGGUCGCGGCCGGCGGAGCCGGCAGCCGCAGCAACAAGGACACCAAGAGCAAGCAGCUCAGUGCGUCGGUGUUUGGCCUGGACACAACUGACCUUACCUCUACAACAACAGGAGGCCUGGACUCUGUGCUGGACGGACACACUGAGAACAAUUCCAGUGACGAUGACCUUAGCACCACAAUAGAUGCGACCGAUGCCCAGGCCAUUCGUCGGCAGCUGGAGGGUCUCGAGAGCAUGUACUCAGAGGUGCUGAAGCUGCUCGGCGUGAAGAAGGGCGGCAGCCGGUACCCGCCCUCUGACCCGCCGCGGCUCUCUCAGCGGCGCAGGGUCUACGGCAGCCUCUCGUCACUGCCCAGCUCUGCGAGUUCCAGGCCCCCCGCCACGCGGCCCCACGAACGUCGCAGGCAUGACGACCACCGCAAGAAAGUCAGGGAUCUCAAGGGGAUCAACAAGAGGUUCCAGCGCCUGGAGUCUCACGUGGUCACUCUGGCACGCAGUGUCGCACAUCUGUCCUCAGAAAUGAGAACCCAGCACCUCAUGAUACAGGAGAUGGAGAACAUUCGGGGCGAGAUCGCAGCGCUGCGCACUCAGACGGCGCUGCACCACCACCGGUCGCAGUCCGUGCCGCGUGCCCUCAACGUCGCGGGUGGUGCCGGUCCACAAGGGGACAGUGCAGGCGGCCUGUCGAACCCGUCACGCGUCCGCAAGCUGACCAAGUUCUUCGGGGACGAGCCACCCCUGCUCAGGUUGUUCCUCCGGAGGCUCGGCUACGAGAAAUAUGCGAACGUGUUUGAAAACGAGAGGGUUGGGAUGGUUGAACUGCCGUACCUGACAGAGGAGCGCCUGCAGCGGAUGGGCGUGCCGCUGGGCCCGCGCAUUCGCAUCCUCCAAGAGGCGCAGAACUUCCCACCUGCACCGGCACCGACUGCGGCACAGACUGCGGCAACUCCGUCCUCCCGCCACGACAAGGUUUAUGUCGUCUGACGGGUUCGGAAUUCUCCACCCUGCCAGUAACGUGCUGAAGCCACAUCGUAAGUUGUUAUCUGUAGUAAAUGUGUGUGCGUGCCGAUAAACAUUACACAUGUGAAAUGUGCUCUUUGCAAGAACUAUUCUGCAUUUAUCAAAGAUAUUUGUAAGUGUUCACUACUUUGUGAAGAGACUUCACAACAUUCAUGCAACUGCACAUAACCAAUCAGCAUCAAAGCCUCAGUGCAUGAAUUUCCAUUUCUUAAAAUAUAUUCUUAUAAAAACACAAUAAAACUUGUUUUAUAAGAAUUUUUGAUACUGUCAUAUCCAAAAGAAGUGAAAGUUGAAGUAUCUGACCAAAGAAUUUUCUUUUUUCACAAUGUAACUUUAACCUUUUUUAAAAACUUUUGUGUGUGUAAUAUACUAGUAUUUAUUAGUGUCUGGAACUGCCAACUGUCUUAUACAAUCAAAAAUAUAUGUAAUAUAUUUCUGCACUGUAAUAUAAAAAUCUUAAUUGAUAUU